CGAAGCGACGGUCUCCCAGCGUAAGUGAAGUAUGGUGGGGCUGGCGUUAUCGCAAGCGGAACUACUUAAAGUGGGGCCUAUAGCGAGCCACCACUCGCUGCACCUACUACCCGUUAGCAAGAAGAAGAAGAAGCAAAAAUUCGUCAUUGGCGAUGAGUAUGGCGUCGUGUCCACCUACCAGAUGAAGAAAGGAGAGCCGCAGAAUGUGUACAAGUCGGUGACGCUUGCAGGCCCCGUGGCGUGUGUGACAAUGGGGACGAGCAAAGGCACCGAAGACAAGGCAUUCGUCGCCACGGGACAACAUGUCCACGGUUUGAGCAAGAAAGGCAAAGAGUUUUUCAAGUUCCAGAGCAACUUGGCCGAGCCAAUGCGGAAGAUCCACGCCUACGACAGCCAAUUGUGGACGACGACAGACUUCACCUUCAACCAGUACGACAACGGAGCGGACAAACACUCGUACGUUAGUCCAGAUCGCAUAAACGACGCCAUUGUGGUGCCUAUCAACCACGAGCAGGACUUCUACGGGGUCCUUGGAUGCCAAGACCGCUAUAUUCGCGUCGUCAAAGACUCCAAGUCGGUGUCCAAGAAGGCGAUGGAUGCUCCAGUCACAGCUCUGUGUCGUGUUCCGCCAGCGACAGGCAAGGGCGCAACCUCGUUGGGUCCUGCCCACAUUCUCUACGGUACAGCUGCAGGAAGUCUCGGUCUCAUCAGCUACAACGGAGACAAGCUCAAGAACAAGUGGAAGACAUCGUCCCAGGCUGCAUUGGCUUCCAGUAUCAGCACCAUCGAGUCCGGGUCUAAUGGUAAUGGUAGCUUACCUCAGUCCAUGGCUACCAUCAACUCCAUCACAUGCUUCGAUAUUAAUCGCGAUGAUCAUCCAGAGAUCCUCGUGGGUCGAGAUGAUGGCCGCGUCGAAGUCUACUCGUUCAAUUCCAACUCGGGCGACGUUGUGAAGCUGUUUGAGCACACCAACAGCGACAGUAUUCGGUGUGUUCAAGGUGGAAUCGUGGCCACACCGGGAUUCGAAGAGCUCGUAGCGACGACGUUCUCCGGUCGCGUUCUGAGCUUCACUACCGAGCCGCUAGAUCAACCCGACGACGAUGACACGUACGGAAGAUCACGUGGAACCGUGCAGCGAGAGACUCGUAUCGUCAAGUUGCGCAAGGAGGUCGCCGCUCUUGAGGACAAGAUCGCGCGAUUGAGUCUACAGCGAGGUGCCAGAGACAAGGAACAUCUCCCAGUGGCGGAAGACCUGGUGGUCAACAGCAAGUUCCAACUGAACGCGGCGUUGGCAGCUUAUGACGUGUCGCUAGAAAUCCCCGUGAGCAUCCAAAUGAUCGUACUGCACUCAGCGGUGCCAUUGGAUCUCCUCGAGAACGAGAGCAAUCUAGCUAUCGUCAGCAAGUCUCCGGUCGAUCCAGCGAAUGGCACGCACUUCUUGGCUACGUAUCGCUGCCUCGAGCCCACCCAUCGACUGGAAUUCCAAGUGCGUACCAUCGAAGGUCAGUUUGGUCACGUAGAGGCUACGGUGGUGGCCAACACGCAGCCUCGGUCGGCGCAAACUAUCAAGUUUUACGUCAAGCCUCUGUCACUGCAUCACCGCGUCAACGAACUUACGGAAGCGGAAGAAGCUGAGCUGCAGAAGCCAUGCAAUACGCUUCAACUAAGUGGUGACUUCUCCCUCGUGCAGAUCCAUGAUUGGGUAUCGAUGUGCCUGCCAGAAGUCCCAGGUCGUCUACAGACGGAGGACGUGACACUGCGUUAUCGCAACACCUUCCUUGGGAGCUUGCUGGUGUGUCGAUACAGUAAGGGUGAGGCCAGCUUCUCGACGCCUUCUGUGUCGGUCAUUGCGAUAUUGAAGGAGAUCAUUACCAAGGAAGCCACGGCGCGGAAAGCAACGCUCAACAUCUCGCUGGAUAUUAAGAAGGAGAGUGUGCCAGUUAUGCUGGGCUACUUGCGUCCGCUGCUAGAUGCUAAGCACGCAUUAGCCUCCCAAGUCAAGCUUAUUGAUGGUCUCAAGGAGCUGCAGCUACACGAGGAGGAUUACACGGCCUGGAUGGCGCCGGAGUACCAGCACAUUCUCGAGAACUCGGAGAAAAUUCUGGCAGAGUUCAAGCUUAGUCCGAAGGCGCUCAACUACCUCGCCGGCAUCCUUACCGACCUCUACGUCGACCUGUGCAAGUUCCGCGGCACCAGUGCCAAGCAGAAUCUACCACGACUUUACCAGCUCAUCGAGCACUACCACUUCGACACGCUCGUCGAGUUCUACAUGCGGGAGUAGAACAAGGAGAGAACUGUAUAACCACAAAUACAUGUAAUGCAUCCGCUGA